CAAAUUAGUUUAUAUAAAACUUUGGAAAUAAUUUUACAUGUUUUGCUCAAAUUCAAAGUAGAUCAGUAGACUUGCUCUCAUUUCUGCUUAUUGUAGUCAUUUAUAUUAAUCUGACACAUUUUGCUAUUUAGUACUCAAGCGUAUAUGUAAUUUAUUAAAAUGGCUCCUGUUCUAAGCAAGUUGGCAGAUUAUCGUUAUUUGCGAUUUGCUGCUUAUGGAACUGGUUUGGUACUUACUGCACACUUUUUAGGAUUAUAUCGAUCUGGAACCAAAUCUAAAGAUAAAGAAAGUGACAUAGUUUUCACAAAAUCUGGUAAAAAUGGCGCCAGAGAAAAAGCCGCUAUAGACAUGAAUUUCAUUCGUAGACUCAAACAGAUUCUACGAAUUAUGGUGCCUGGUUGGUGGUCAAAAGAAACUGGCCUUUUGAUUCUAGUUGCUUUGAUGUUGAUCAUGCGCACAAGAUUUGAUGUGUGGAUGAUCAAAAAUGGGACGUCAAUUGAAAGUUCUAUUAUUGCCAGAGAUCGGAGCCGGUUUCUUCGAUAUCUUUUUAAAUAUAUUUCUAUGCAACCAGCGAUUGCUCUAACCAAUCAAAUGCUCAAGUAUGGGCUGAAUGCACUCAAACUUCAUUUCAGAAAGCAGUUCACAUUACACAUGUACGAGCAUUAUCUUCAAGGAUAUACUUAUUAUAAAAUGAGUAAUCUUGAUAAUAGAAUUGCCAAUCCAGAUCAACUAUUAACUCAAGAUAUUGAAAGAUUCUGCAAUAGUGUUGUCGACUUGUAUUCAAAUAUCAGUAAACCGCUGUUGGACAUUCUCAUCUACAUUUAUAGAUUGACAGAUACCAUUGGUGCACAAGGGCCAGCAACAAUGAUAGCAUAUCUUGUCGUUUCUGGAAUGAUUUUAACGAGAAUGCGUCAACCUAUUGGAAAAUUGACUGUGACAGAACAGCAAUUGGAAGGAGAAUUCAGAUACGUCAACUCUCGUUUAAUUACCAAUAGCGAGGAAAUUGCCUUCUAUAAUGGUAAUGAAAAAGAGAAGAAUACCAUUCUUCUAACGUUCAAAAAGUUGUAUGAUCAUUUACAGAAAUUUGUUGGUUUCCGCUUCAGAAUGGGAAUUGUAGAUGAUAUCAUUGCAAAAUACACUGCGACAACCUGUGGUUAUUUGAUAGUGAGUCGUCCAUUUAUGGAUCUAAAGAAUGACAGAUUUGAUAAUUAUUCUCAUUCAGAGCUUUUGGAAGAUUAUUAUACGAGUGGACGUAUGUUGGUACGACUCUCACAAGCGAUUGGCAGGAUAGUACUCGCCGGACGAGAAAUGACAAGGUUAUCGGGUUUUACUUUGAGAGUCACAGAGCUGAUGAAAGUCACAAAAGAAUUGAAUGAAGGGCAUUAUGAAAGAACCAUGGUCAGCAAAAAUGAUGAAAAAGAUGGGGUAAAAUCCAAAAAAUCCAUGGAAUUGGUGCCUGGAAGUGGAAAAAUCAUCACCAAGGAUUACAUUAUUUGCUUUGACAAAGUCCCACUUGUGACCCCAAAUGGAGACGUUUUAAUUGAAGAAAUGAGUUUUACAGUUCACUCGGGCAAAAAUGUAUUAGUCUGUGGUCCAAAUGGAUGUGGAAAGAGUUCUCUUUUCAGAGUUCUCGGUGAAUUAUGGCCUCUGUUUGGAGGUACGGUCACAAAACCAUCUCGAGGAAAGUUAUUUUAUGUUCCGCAAAGGCCUUACAUGACAUUGGGUACUUUGCGUGAUCAAGUUAUCUAUCCAGACUCAAAAAAAGAGAUGUUGAAAAAUGGAUUCUCAGAUGAGCAGUUGCAAGAAAUUUUGCAAAAAGUCCAACUUGAAAAUAUUCUUGAACGAGAAGGUGGAUGGAACUCUGUGCAAGACUGGAUGGAUGUUCUCAGUGGUGGUGAGAAACAACGUAUGGCGAUGGCAAGGCUUUUCUACCACAAACCUCAAUUUGCUAUUUUAGAUGAAUGUACAAGUGCUGUCAGUGUAGAUGUUGAAGGAUUCAUCUACCAACAUUGUCGUGCAGUCGGAAUUACUCUUUUCACUGUCUCACAUAGAAAAUCAUUAUGGAAGCAUCAUGAAUAUUAUCUUCAUAUGGAUGGCCGAGGAAAAUACGAAUUCAAGCCAAUUGAAGAUAGUACAGUAGAAUUUGGAUCAUAAAUGUAGUGACUUAAACUGCCUGUUUCAGAAAUGGGUUUCAUACCUUUUUCAGUCGCUUUGUUUCAAGAUGAUUAUAUAUAAGUACGUCCAUAAUAAUUUCAGAAUGGUGUAAUUGAUGUGCGAUAAUUCUUUUUCAUUAGCAAAUUAUUUAUACUCCUUAUUCAAAUUUGUGUUUGGUUUUUAUAAAUUCAGCAAUGCAACUUUAUUUACAUAAUCAUGAAUUAUAUUUGGAAAAACAUUAGAAUAAUCAAGAUCAAAAUAGGAGACUAAAUAUUGUCACCAUUACUGACAGUCAAUACUGUUGACAAUAAAUACAGUUGACAAGACUAGCGCACUGGCAAUAUAAUGAAGCAAUUCUUUCUAAUCUUCUUUCUAUAUGGUCAGCAUAUUAUUAUGAGAGAGACUUGAUGCAUGAAUUCAGACUAUUUUGUUAAUCUUGUGCGAAAUUCAUACUCCUGUUUUUGAAGACUGAAUGAUAAUUGCUCAUCAAAUUUGCUCGUUUUUUCAAUCAAAGGAUUAUUCAUGAUUUAUGAUAUUUAGCUAGACAAUCGAUAUUGACUUUUAGUUUGAUAGACACUUCCUGGGACAAGUUCAAAUGAAUAUCGUCAAAAUUAAUAAUACACUAUGACAUUAUAGCAAAGUUAUAUGUGAAGACUGCAGUGUUCACUUUUCAGAAAGUUUCAAUUUAAGAAGUCUUUAAUUUUUCAAUCCAGAUAAGUCUUGCACUAAAAAAUUUGUAUUUUUUGAAUUGUAUAUAUAUUAUUAAACCUGUUGUUUAAAAUUCUUGACUGUUCCGGAUGGUUAUAUGUUUACGUGGCUGGUCGUAUUGUAAGUCCUCUUAAAAUUAUUUUGAUUAUGAUAUGUAUACUUUCUUGAUUUUAGAAAUAACAGUUUCUUAGUGAGCAAAGAUAUUACAUUAUGUAUUUGUCCACUAUCUUCGUUUGCAUCAUUUUUGUUCCCCUGUUUAUAUGGUGUCAUGUACCAAUGUUAUAUGGUUGCACAUCGUUUGACGCAGCUUUCCUCACGAGUCUCAGUUCUUACCACUUGAUGGCAGCUCCUGCCACAAACGAACCACGGCGUGUCUCGCCAUGGUUUUUAUGGCGCUAUUCAGUAAUCAGUAUUACCGGUAUAUUCACAAAGUCAUGUACCCGAUUUUCGUUUAUCAUGCAGAAUUAUAUCUACUUAAACCUGAAACCUAACCCCAGACCCAUCAAAACUGUAUCCAUAAGAAAAAUGUUCCAACUUACCCAAUAUUUUUCACCAUCAGUGACAGCCGACAUGCCUUGUUUACGGCAGCAAAAUUUUACUCGCCAUUGGUUUUAAAUUUGCUGCUGUGGUACCAGCAGCUCGCCAUUAGUUUGAGGCAGCUAAAAAGUCAGUCGCCAUUGUUUGGCCAUAGUGGCCAUGUCGCCAUGGUUUGCGGCAGCUUCAGACUCCAUAAAAUACUUGAAACUGUACUUGUCCCUCAUACCCAACUUUUAAUGUAUUAAUAGCACGUAACUGGUUAGCUAUUUUUCAAUCUUAUCGACUUUACUCCUCCCUCAAAAUUAUUUAUUGUGAUUAUUAAAUUUACAGGGAUAUAUAUCGAGGAAAAUUCCUUUAUUAUAAUUGCAGUAAUCAUAGGUAAGAAGAUAAUAACACCAUAAGUAAGCCAACCAAUCGUGUUACAGUGUUUUAUUUUAAGAUAUUCAGACUAAUUAUAUAUCUGGACCAUAUUUUUACUUAUAAUGUUGUUUUCUGAAUAUCACCAAUACGAGUUCAAUAUUUUCAUUAAUAUAAAGCUUAUAAGUACAAACAUCUUCUGCUUUUCAAAAAGUAAUCUAUUGUUUGUUUUUUGUUCUUAUUAUUUUGUAAUUCUAAGCUAAUAGGAAUAGCAUCUGUUUGCUAGAAUUUCAUUAAAAUCUGGUACUGAUGGAAAUAGCCCAAAGCUCCCCAAGUAAGAAGUCAUCUGACUGAUUACAUAUUAUUCCCUAUCAAGCGGGACUAAGCGUAUGCACAUUAAAAUAUGAUUAUAAGAUUUUCAGUCUAUCAUACAAUUUUUUUUUGUUUAAUUACUGAAUAUUGUUUUGAAUGAUUAUUACUGUUUAUUCUUAAUUUUCUGCUUUGUGCAAUGAAUAAAGCUGAAUUUGACAUGUUGCUUUUAUACUUGAAGACCGAGUAGAUUUCAGACUUUUAAGCUGCUUCCGCGUAGCUUUUUUACUCUGCACAUUGUAAAGCCAUCACCAAAAAAAUAAUAAAAUGCAAUAAAAAA